CCCCGCACCACUCCCUCCUCUUAACACCAGCCUGCGCUCCUCUCAGUAACCCGCCGCCCGUGCCUUCUCUGCAUCUCCGCAUCGUCCCCGAUUCACCGACCCCGGCAUAUCCGCUUGGGCCCUCGCAAGACCCGAAUUCCGACCACGAGCGCGAACGUGAACGCAAUGUCCGGGCCAGACCUCCCCCCGACGUACACCCAGCAGCCGUCCGAGUCCGACGCGCCGCUGUCCUCUGACAGCUCCGACAUCAGCUUCGUCUCCGCGCCCGACGCGCCCAGCGGCCCCGUCGCGGGCACGGGGGUAGACGGUGGUCCGCAAAUCCUCAUCGUGCCCACCGCGAACGGCGUGCACUUCCAGAAGGGCUUCCUCGGCGCGGACGGCGAGCGCGCUGCGAUAGAGGGUGAGCUCCAGAUCAAGAGCGCGGACGCGUCCUUCAGGUGCCGCAAAGUGACAGUCUCGUUGCGAACGCUUGAGCAGGCGCACGGCCGCGAGAUCGAGCUCGCACACACGGACGUCGAGCUUGUUAGCUCUCCAGGUCCUGAAGGUCCGCAACGCUCGAGCUUCCCGUUCUCAAUACCCCUCCCGUCGGACACGCCGCAGUGCGUGCACACGCUGCGGUCCUCGCUCACGCACACGCUCUCCGCGACGAUCUGGCCGCUCGACGAGGACGCGCUCCCCCUGUCCCGGGCGUUCGUCGUGCACACGCGCAGGUACACCUCGCACACGCAUGUGCUAUACCCCGUGCCGGAGACGCGAGUGCUCGCGGAGCCGAGUAGAGUGGAGGUGCAGAUCCCGCGCACAACGUUCAAGGCGGGAGAGGCUAUUCCUAUCUAUGUCACCGUGCCGACGCCAUCGCCGGACCUUGUCCUAGAGCAGGGCCUGCGCCUGCGGAAUCUCAGGGCUGAGUUGGUGCGGAACAUCGACAUCAAGAAGCCGGAGACAGAUGACGAGGAACACAGCGACUGGGAGAUAUCCUCAGAGUCUGAAGGCGAGGACCCUCCGCUCUCACCCCAGAAGAUGGCAGCAGUGCCCUCAAGUUCCCGAGAGGGCGUAGACUUCAUUUCAAGGGUAGGAGAGCACGGCGAGCGCAAGGUCGUGGCCCACUCAGGUGCAUCAUGUCGACUACACCCGUCCCAACCCAUCCGCGUCCGCCUCGUCCUUCACCCACCUGCACAAACGCCCUUCCCCGAUUCCUUGGACGAGGUCUCAUCGGAAGACCUCCUCUCGUUCAACCCUGAUGCAGACUGCGCCACAAUCACGCAAUCCACCCUGCUGCACUCGGUCUCGUUCCGCCUCCUCGUCCACGCCACCUUCAUGAAGAUGUCCAGCCACACUGAGCGCGUGUCCACCCUUUCCUUCCCGCUGCACAUCCUCGCGCCCAACGCCCCGCUCCCGGAAGUUGAGUCGUCCAUCGACGAGGCUUAUCACAAGAAACACGACCGGCCACCCACCCGGACCGUGCGCCAGGACGAUGCGGAGGUCCCCCAGUACGAGGCUGGGCCUAGCGCGAUCGCUGGCGCGCCACCACCGUUCGAAGAGCGCGAGGCGCCACCACCGUUCUGGUCCACCGAGGCUGAGGCCGAGGCAUCGACCUCCACGCGCCUACCAACGUUCCUCGAGUCCGAGCACGAGAUCUACGUGCCGCCCACGGACGACCCCGAGCUCGCGCCUCCGCCGCCAGCAGAUGGCGCGGCGCAGUUCGACGGUGAGGGCACCCUCUUCGGCUUCGCGCCCGCGGAGCAGUUCGACGGAUACGGAGAUGUGCUUCAGCCGCGCGCGUUCACGCCACCGCCGACGCUCGAGAUGGCCACGCGCGACACAGACGUAACCGUGCUCGCGAACCUGGACGACAGCGCGAUGGAGGCGCUCGGGCGCGCCUUAGAGCAGCACACCCUCGUGGGCGCCGCGGACGCCCCCACCAGGGCCGGCGACGACGCAGACGAACUCUUGCCCCCACCCCGCCCCCCAUGGAUGAUCCGGGCGGCGCACGACAGCCCGCCGACGCUCCCCGCGCGCGCGCAGAGCCCGCACACGAGCUUCGGGCAGCUCACGGAUGCGCCCGUGCACGGUGUGCUGUCCGCGCACCACGACGAGGAGGGCGAGGCGCACGGGCACGCGCCGCCGCCGUACCGCGUGCCGGACCUCGAGAGCGAGCACGAGCGCGUCGCGCACCCGCCGCCGUACAUGGACCUCGUCCACGGACCUGCUAGAUGA